AUCACCAACUGAACAAUCGAUCGCAUCGCAUCGUCAGAAUUAGAAUAUCCGCGUAUUUUCGAAACCUGGUUGUACAUCUUCAGGUCAAAAUGCCACGUCCCAGCAAAAAAGCCGCGAAACCGCCUUCCGACUCCGGCGAAGAUGACCACGACGAACAUGACCUCUCCGACGUCGAAGAACCCCCCACCAUCGACCCUUAUGAGGUCCUUGGUCUCGAGCGCGAUGCGACAGCCGACCAGAUCAAGACUGCGUAUCGGAAGUCUGCGUUGACGAACCAUCCCGACAAGGUGCCAGCCGAACAAAAGGACUCUGCCACCGCCAAAUUCCAACAAAUCGCCCUCGCCUACGCCAUCCUCUCCUCUCCCACCCGCCGCCAACUCUACGACACCACAGGCUCCACCUCCGAAACCCUCGCUUCCGAUGACGGUUUCAACUGGGCCGAAUACUACAAGUUCUGUUUCGCCGAUUCCAUCUCCCCCGAUACCAUCGAAGCCUUUGCCAAGUCGUACAAAAACUCCGACGAGGAACGAGCAGAUGUCCUGGCCGCUUACACUGAUUUUGAGGGCGACAUGGACGGGGUAUACGAGACCGUGAUGCUCUCCGACGUUCUGGAAGAUGAUGAGCGGUUUAGGACUUGGAUUAAUGAAGCGAUAGAGAAGGGGGAGGUGGAGGCUUAUCCGAGUUAUACCAAGGAGACGAAGAAGAAGCGGGCGGCGCGAGUAAAGGCUGCGAGGGGCGAGGCUAAAGAGGCGGAGGAAUUUGCCAAGGAGUUGGGAGUUUAUGAUAAGCUUAUGGGUUCCAAAGCUGGAGAUGCGAAGACGGCGACAAAGGGAAAGGCGGGGGCUAAGGGAGGUAAAGGCAAGAAGGACGAUGGUGAAGGUGCCCUGGCUGCGUUGAUCCUGGCGAGACAGCAGAGUAGGGGGGAUAUGUUUGAUAAACUGGCGGAAAAGUAUGGAGCUAAGCCGAAGGGGAAGGGAAGCAAGAGGAAGGCGGAGGAGCCACCGGAGAUUGAUGAGGAGGAGUUUCAGAGGAUACAAGCUGGGUUGGGGAAGGGCGGUCCGUCAAAUGGCGGGACGAAGAAGGCGAAGAAGAGAAAGGCGUAAGCAAGUGCUUGAUUGUCCGAGUAUGAUUCCAAGUGGUUGCAACGGGUCAAUGGGUUUUGGAGUUCCGGUCCUUUUGUGGGUUUAUUAAUUUGUUCAAGUAUGGUGUUCUGGUUAUGAAUGUUUCAAAGGGAUACCAAACGUUGCGAGUUUCGUUCAACAUCAGCACAUCAAUCAUCAAUGCGAAACCAGCAGAUGACUCU